UGGGACGAUAAACCGGUUUUAAGGGGUUGGACGAACAUCAAGACUGAAGGAAACAACGCACGCGCAUAAUUGCUUUUAGUGAUCUCUGAUUGGUCGCUGUGAGUGAUUGUGUGAUUAAUUUCUGUCAAUCAGGAGGCGGCGAGCCUUUGAAGAAAGCCUUUGAAGUGCCGCCUUGUCUACAUAGCUCCUACACACAACGAACACACUGAGCCAGAGAAGGCAACAGCAAAACUUUAAGAAGGACUUUUCUCGAGAAUUCUUCCACGUGUGCGAGGCUAAAAUGCCUCAGCCCCCUCGGAACUCAACUGAUGAUUUUGGUGCUGAUGAUGAAGUCAAAGAAUAUAAGCACGAAGACGGGGAGGAGAACGAAAAUGGUGCCACUUUAGACCUAGUCAAUGACAUCAAAACAGAUCUCAUCAAGAAAGAGGCCGAACAUCAAGAGGAACCUAAAACCCCAACUGAUGCUAGUUCAGCACCUAUAGCACAAUUGCUUUCAUUCCCAGACAAAUAUAAUGAACACCUUGUUCCAGGACAUGGCAACUACCAUCGAAAUCAACACUCGAGUGACAGCAAGUCCCAUUCAAGAGGACAGCCACAGUCUCCUGUAUUCCAUCCCGCACAUCAAGGUUAUCCUCCAGGUCCAUAUCCCUAUACUGUAUACCCAAGCAUUAAAGCUGAAAGGUAUCAUUAUGACCCUCCAUUAUGGCAACCCCAUGGAGCCAUAAUUGGACAAAGUUCUGCUUAUCAUCCAAACUACCCUCCGCCUGUUAACCCAACAACAGCAGGCAUCCAACGACUAACGCACCCUACAAUGACUGGGGAUCAGAGGUCAGGGGUUCACUGUGGCCCUGCACCACCACCAAACCAUAGCGUCAUCACCAGGGCGCCACCAUCUUGUGGAUCUGGAAAGUCUUAUACAACGGCCAUGAUGAGUGACGCUCUAGACCAUGGAAGAGACUCCAAACUUUCCCACGUCAAAAAGCCUCUCAAUGCAUUCAUGCUUUACAUGAAAGACAUGAGGCCCAAAGUAGUGGCAGAAUGCACCUUGAAGGAAAGUGCUGCGAUAAAUCAGAUACUGGGAAAGAAGCAUGCACUAGAAAGAGCCGAACAAGCAAAAUAUUAUGAAAUGGCAAGAAAAGAAAGAGCCUUACACAUGCAGCUGUACCCAGGCUGGAGUGCAAGGGAUAAUUAUGCUCAACAGGGCAAGAAAAAGAAAAGAAAAAGAGACAAAUCACAAGAAAUAACAAAUCCCAAAAAGUGUCGAGCAAGAUAUGGACUAGAUCGACAAAAUGAAUGGUGCAAACCAUGUCGGCGGAAAAAGAAAUGCAUACGGUUUGUAGUCGGAGGUUCGAAUCCAACAGAUGGCAUUUCAGCAGCAAGUGGAAUCUCAGAACCAGAAAAUGAAAAUGUGGACACUCAAGGAAGUAGUACUUCCCCUCCCCCGCCCCCCACCACGUCGACAACAUCUAGCAAUACAAUUACGUCAUCAGAUACAUAGUCAUAGAUCAAAUUUUAGAUAGAGAAGAAUAUCAUUGUAUCAAUUGAGUUCAAAUAUUUACCAAAAAAGACCGGUAAGAAAUCUUUCAUUAUGUAUAUUUUAAAAGAAAAUAUUUUUUGCAUUUAAAGCCUUGGAUAAACGAAAUAUUGAAGAAAAGGCUUUGAAGAAAAAUAGUCCAUUUUAAUUUAAAUGUAUCAUAGACUUAUCACAAAGGUAGUAUAUUUUAGACGAAUUGUAUAGAAUUUAUCUACAUAGUUCUGAUUUUUAUUCCAGACACAAAAUUCUUAGAUUAUACACCCUUUUGUUUUAUACGCUUCAGAAGUUUUAUUUUAUGAUGUUUCAGACUAGAGCUUGGGUGCUUACUAUUUACAUGGAAAGCCUGAUUAAAAAUGUGUUCUGAUAAUUGGAGAAAGUGCGCCAGAGGAUCUUCUAACUGUGCGCAACCUCUCGGUGGAAAAACCCCGGAACAAUCUUGAUAGCCUUUCUAAGUCUCAGCGGCGCGUGCAAACUUUCUUGCCUUGCGCAACUUAUCAUGGGGAGGGUGUUGUUGCCCUCAAGAUAUCCCAUGGUACAUCGCGUUAAGUGGGCGUGACAGAUACUUAUAAAAUUAGAAGAUCGAGUUUUUCUCAAUUUCCUCGAAAUAAUUGAUAAACGUAUAAGUUUUUUUUCAUGUAAGUGGCGAGCACCCUAAUUUCGUAGCGGUGGGAAAGUAUACAGAAUAUUAUGGCUCUGAAUCCAUUGCUUUCAAUAUAGACAAAGCAGAAGUUACUGUUUUCAAGUGCGCACGGUAUUGGAGUCGCCAAAGCAUGUUUUGGUGGAUGUCUUUUCCGUAAUACGCGCCUAUGGAAUAUCAUGGAAACACGAUUGGCGGUCUUAAAAAGCCCAUUUUGUCGGCGCGAAAAGUCGCGCGUGUUGUUGAACACAAUGUAAGAUAUACCGCAACCUUAAAGGAUAUAAAAACCAGAAGCCGUUUACAGGCUCAAUACCAAUAUUUUCCCACUUCUACCAAAACUAUAAUAGAUUCUUGAGUUAUUCAGUUGUUAUGACCAUACAGCCUUGAACUAUAGUAUCCCUUGGAGUCUUCGAAGCAACACGCAAUAUCGCGUAAUAGAAAACGAAAAUUAUAAAGAUUCAAAGAGAAAUAUUUAUGUAAAGUUCCAUCUUGUCAUGGGCCAUGCUUUUUUAUCGCGCUGAAGAUGUUGUGAAUAAAAUCGGAUUAAUAAUCUCAAGGGCUAUAGCUCUCAGUAA